CAUUUUGCCUACAACUUGUAUGGGCGGCCAAAGUUUGCAAAAAGAUCAGUGCUUGAUUGGUUUUCGGUUUUACCAGAAAGUCGUUCAAAAUUGACGUUUUGUGUUUUGAUAGACGCGUAUACAUGCAUUUGUGUUUGUUGUGUGCAUGUUUAAACCAAUGCGAUCUGUUCUUUAGUGCAGUCCUAAAAUUUUUGUCAACCCCCGAAUACUUUGUAGGCCUUCUGUGCAUCUGUUGGAAUAAUCCAAUGGUGAUGAUGGUUGGCAGGUAAAAAUACAUCCUGCUUCUCCGGAACUUGGGGAUGGGGGAUUUCAAACGGAGCUUCCAAUGUAUUGACUCCUCAACUGAGAAAUUAGUCUGAAGUGCAGUCAGCAUUCGGGUUACCUUCAAAUAUAAUUAUAGUCAUGCGCAGUGACUUAUUGGCGGCAUCAUCACAAUGAUAUUCCCUCUCCUCCCCUCACGGGUUCGAAAAAGGAAACUGUGAUGGACUUAUUUUUAGGAACUAAAUGUUCAACCGCUGUUGUCGCACGCAUGGAUGCUUCACAACAGUCGUCGUGGUGAGAAAUAAGCCUUUGGAGGCAGUGUCGAGCAGGUGUAGCUUGUAGCAAUAUUCGCCCAUAACACUUCCGUGUGAUAAAUGUUUACGUAGUUGCCCCGACAGUGCUUGGAUUCAGGAUCAAAUCUGCAACUAGACUUACUUUUUUGGAAUUACGACUUCAGUUUGGAGGCUUGCUUACUCUUAUUUUAUUUGUAGCGUCAUUUCCUGGUAUCAUGCCUACGUCCCUUGGACACUGCGCAUGCUGGCUGGUACUCAGCGUACUUCUCGUCACGCUGCCCGCUUGCCACUCACAGAAUGAACGAGUUGUGCGCCAAGUUCAACCACCCUACCCGCACAGCAGAUACUUUACUGAUUUAUCCCGCUUAUUCAUGACGCCUGGACCCAAUGCUUCAAUUAGCGAAGGCAAAUAUUACCGGACCCUGACGUUAUUCAACGGCCGACUAUUCGUGGGAGGAAAAGACCAAUUGUUUUCUCUAAAUCCCGCCGAUCUUUCAUUGAUUGAUAGCGCUGCAGACACAGGAUCGUGCAACGGCGCAAGUGAUUGUAGUAACUACAUCCGCGUGAUUCAACCACUUCCUACAUUGAACAAUACUUUGCUGGAGUGUGGUACAAAUAAUGGAAAUCCCUAUUGCCAACAAAGGAGUCAAGAUCUUUCAGAAAUUGGGUCUCUGGUUUCACUCGGUACCUCAGAGACAAUUGUGCCUCUUGCCCCUACUCUGAAUUCUACAGGUUGGCUUCUUACUGACGGUAAUGAAAUAUAUGUUGGAACCUAUUUGACGCUAUCAGCCGGUAAUCCAGCACGACCAGCUAUCUCCAAGUCAGUGUUGCAACUGGACUCAUCUCUCAAUGUGGUUGGCAUAAAUGUUUCACUAGCCACUAAGGACGACACUAACGUAUUAGAUGCAAAUCAACCACAGCCACAGUUUGUUGGCGACCCAAUCAGCUACAACGGACGGAUCUAUUUCUUUUAUCGUGGGGUUGCUGCUGAGUUUGUCGAACGAAAAGCCGUGCAUUCAAGAGUUGCAGUCGUAUGCGAGAAUGACCGAGGGGGUCGAAAAUUCGAGGCUUAUACACCUAAAGACAUAGUAACCUUUGCCAAGAUGCAGCUGGAAUGCUCCACAGGCACAACGUUUCCUUACCACUACAAUGAAAUACGAGAUAUUUAUCACUCCAACGGCACAGUGUUUGCAGCUUUUGCAACGCCGCCCGGAGUGGCAGGUUCCGCAGUCUGUGCCUACCGGUUGGAUGAAAUCGAGGCUCUGUUUCUCAGUACGAGUAAAUUCAGGGCGCAGUUUAGUGAUGGCGAACUCUGGAGGGAAGUGGACACAGAUCCUGUGACUCCAAGACCAGCUCAGUGUCCAAAUACUACCAGUUAUGCCGAUGCCCAGUACUCAGCCAUACUUGGUAGGGCGCAGCUUAUGUUUGAUACAGCUGCCAACAAGCUUCACUAUGAGAGCCCAGGUGGCGCUAGAAGCAACCCUCUGCUCAUGAUAGAUGGAGAACGUUUCACACAGAUCGUUGUGGAUGAAAACGUCAUUAACGACAUUGAUGUCAUGUUCAUCGGUACAGAGGACGGAACAGUGCUAAAGACUUAUUUGAGCGAGGACCGAUCAGAAGCCCAAGUCGCGGAGGAGCUUAGCUUAAACACAAGAGGACUAAACCAUACCGCUGUCUUGACCAUGCUGAAGAGUGAUGCUGAUCAAGCCGUGUUCGUUGGAACCGACCGAGGUGUUUACAAAGUUCCGUUCCAACAUUGCAGUGACUAUACAACCUGCGGAAGCUGUGUUGGAGAUCCGUACUGCUGCUGGAAGAAUGGAAGAUGUUUGCAUUUGAGGAAAGGAUUGCAGGGUUCGGAAAAUACCUGCCCCCCGUGCCCUGACAACAAAAUCAUCAUCCACAAUUGUCCAAGUGGGCAGGCCAGUCACGUUCGACGCUUGAAUGUCCCCAACCACCCCCUGAACCUGUACGUAAUGGCUGAAGCCGCGGAGAAUGACAACCUUAUUAUCGUGGACAAUGAAAUUCGUUGCCCUCCGUGCGCCAAUUUGCCUUACACCGAGAGCAGAUCUGAAGGUUCGGGCAGGGAGUUUCUGGUCUUACACAUCAAUGGAUCGUCCACGGAAAAUGCGAACUGUUCUUGUUCUGUGGUCCUUGCAGUGAAAUCCGGCGAGUCGAAGACAAUCAAUUUCACAAUCACCGUGGAUGACUCCUCGGGAGAACUCUUGUCCCCAGAGAGUCUGGACGAAUUGUCGAGGUUUGACUGGGACAUUUCGCAGUAUAAAUUCGACCUCAACAACUGGAUCGGGGAAGUGGCCUCUUCCUGUAAUCUGCAGACUUGCAAACGUCAUCCGUGAUCCAGCGCGAUGUGUGAUUUCUACAUUCCUCAGAAAUGCAUUUUAAUGAUUGCUGAGUCAAGGUUUCGUGCUUAUCUAUUAAACAAGAUGUUUGAAGUGUUGUAGUUUAGCUUGUAAAUUAGUAUCUGCAACUAUUUGUAGUUACCAUCGAUCAUGUAAGGUAAGUCCUUCCCUUAGUUAAAGCAUUUAUUCAUGGAGGGGUUUAAAAUUGAUUUGCUUCAUAACCUCAUUGCGCAUGUCUCAGAGGACGAUGUGUCUUUAAGAUGUUAAAAUUCUCGGUAUAGCUUGGUAGUCAAGGUAAGGUAGAUGAGACGGAGGCUGUUGUUUGGUUAGCAAUAGGCGCACAAACCCACAGGCAAGAACGUCACUGCACAUACUGCCUGUACUGUAUCAAUUUAGAAGCUAGAGUAAGAAGCCAUUACUGCAGCUGGAUGAGCAAAUUAACACUCAUUGAUAGGUGACACUUGCACGUUACAUGCCUCCUCGACCAAGCCACCUUGAGCAGAGGAGCCCGUAUCGGUUGAUAAGAGCCAUUUUGGUCGGAAGUGUUCUUUAGGUCGGCCGAGACGUGAUCGCAAAAGGCAUGCAUUCUAUAGACGUUCGUAGACCUGCGAAGUGCAGUUUCCACCUUGUUACUACUAAAAUUGCGCCUUCUCUUGGUCCAGCUCGGGCCCCAUCGGUUCUGUGACUUCUAAAAUGCGCGCGUGGCAAGCCUAAGAACGCCCCCUCCUAUUUAAUAACUUUGAAUCGUUGACAAAGAUUUUCCGUAUAUCUUAAGUUGAGGGUCAGAGAAUUAUUAGAUUUAAACGAAUUUUGGAAUUAAAGUUUGAAUAAAGAUCCGUUGAGAUUUUCUACGGUUUAACAAAUAUUUUCUAUUUUUUUAUGAAAUAAAUAAUAGCGAAAACUAACUUGACAUAAUCAAAACGUUAACCAAAUAGCUAUCGGUUUUUGUUCAAUUUUUGUCCAUUUAAUUGAAAAAAAUUAGGAUGCACUUGAGUAGAGUCACGUUUACCAAUAGGCCUAGUGUUACUAGUGUGAAUAAGUAAAGAGUUAAUUUUGUUUAUUUGAUUAAGAAAGGCAUUCAGGAAUAUGAAUGUUUGAAAAAUCACUUAAAGACUACUGACUGACGACUGAUGUGUACAUCCUUUUAUCUAGAUAGCAGUAUACUUAAUCUAUCACCCAUGUUACUAAAACACAAAAAUGCAUUGUAUUGUACAAGGUAACACAAAUUGCCGAGACAUAAUUUAAGUAAUAUGUGACGAAUAUGGAUAAACUAAAUUCUCCCAUUUUAUGUUUUCUUUGAAAAACCCGCUUAAUCUUUAAUUUUUAUCAUUUUAAAUUAUUUACAGCAAUGAAAGGGGAUAUCAUUAAAUAAAAAAAAUUCAAAAAUAUGAAUUUGAUAUUUUUUGCUCAGUAGGGGAGGGUGGGACAAGUGGGUCAUCAUGGCAACUGGUUUACUCUUAGACCAAAUUAAAUUAAAAGCUUUUGAACUGACCAGUUGUGAUUAAACAACUGUAUUUUUUCAGAGAUUAAGCUGAAUAAUUGUUUGAGGCCCAUGUGCAAAAUACAAGUAAACUUGAAAAAUAAACUUCAAAUCAUGAUUUAGGAUAAUAAAAAUGCCCAAAUCAAAAACUCAAUACGUAGCUUAACAUUCCAAAGACCAGAAAGUAUAUGACUGCAGGAAAGGCACAAGAAUUUUCUACUUAUUAUUUUAAUUUGAACUCUGGUGCUUCUGAGAUAAUUACAAAUGCCAAUUUUAGUGUUUUAUGAUCAAUUUACUCAUUCCAAUAUUCAUUUUUUUUACUCUUUUGGUGGCAGGUUUAAAGGUUUUAUGAAGUGGUCCACUUGUCCCAGAUGUGGGGCUAUUGGUCCACUUUUGGAUUAAUUUCAAUGAGUUAAUAUCUAUAUGUUUUAUCAUCGUAAUUAAUUUCACCUGUUUACAAUAAACAAACAAGUGGUUUGGUCAUGUAAUAA